AUGGAUAUUGAUAACCAUUCAUUGAUUAAAGAGAAUCCGUUGAACAGUGAAUAUGAACACGAGAGGAUUUCAUUUGGAGAAAGUGGUAAAGUGAAUGAACCAUCAUCUUCAUUAUCUAGAAAUAUUUUAGGAAGCUUCAUGGAAGAAGAUAGAGAAAAUGCUACUGAUUGUGCUUCAGAAGUGAAUUUACACUUGGCAGAACACCAGCCACGAAGUCGAACUCGCAACUGCAAGCCUUCUGAUCCACUCCAUGUGCAUAAUUGUAGCGAUCGUUUGCCACCGCUUGAAACUGAGCAGCAGUUCCGUAUUGCAGUUACAAAAUGUGCAAGAGGAGGCGAUUCAAUGGAACCUGGCAUGGGAGUGGCACGCGAUGUACCAAAUUUGUCUCCUUUAAUCUUCAAAAGCAAACCUAUCAUCAUAUCCUCAUCUCCAGUAAUGAAAGCUUGCUCAUCUGAAAAGACAAAAGGUGUUGAAGGUCGAAGAACUGCUGCUGAAGUUGACGCCUUUUUUACUCGUCUUAGUACCCCGAAAUACAUUAAUGGUUCGCUUACACUUAGAUUUUUAUAG